CAGAACAAAAUCCUGGCUCCUGGCAACCAAUGGGGGCCCAGUGACCUGACAGGCUGGGGACAGUGAAGAGUUUCAACACAGCACAAGCCAACUCUCACCAAACAACUGGAGCACUGAGUCUCUUGGGCAAAUCAUGCAUCACCAUUUCAUGAACCAUGGAAGAGAACAGUCACCAUCAGAUAGAACCAACCUCAGCUUGUCCAGCCCUGAGUCCACAGAGGAGAGCCUGGGCAUUCACUGGCACGGGAUCCUUAAGAGAGAGCAGUCAUCUCCGCAACCAGGACCGGCCCUUCCCCAUGAAGAUGACCUCUUCUUCAUUCCCAGGUCUCGGGGGAUGCUGAGCUGGAGCAGCUCUCCAACAUCCGAGUCAUCCUCUGAGUAUCAGUCCUAUUCCCAGUAUCAGUCUUGCUAUUCUCAUGCAAAUGAGGAUGAGAAUGCCUCCCAGGAAAAUGUAUGUGCCUUCUAUACCCAUGUCAAGACUGUGAAGGGUGUGGCAGUGGCCUGGGAGACUGAGGAGGGUUUUGGGCCUGUGAGCAGGAAGCCUCGUAUUCACGAAGCAGAGUUCGUCAAGAGACAGAGGAAGAAAGGCUCCUCCUUUGAGGUGGCUUCCAACACCGAUCUGCGCUGGGAGUUGGAAGCCAGCAAGAAUGACUAUCGCUCGGAGCUGGAGGACACAGAGCCUGGGCCGUUGGAUUGGUGCCUGCAGGAGCCCUGCAACCCCCCUGACUGGUUGGUGACUACCAACUAUGGGCUGCGCUGCGUGGCCUGCUGCCGGGUCUUCCCCACGCUGGAGGCACUGCUGCAACAUGCCCAGUAUGGCAUCCAAGAGGGCUUCAGCUGCCAGAUCUUUUUUGAGGAGAUGCUGGAGAGAAGGCGAGCCCAGGUCCUAGAGGAGAACCAGGAGAAAGAACAGAACCCUCCACACAGCAGUGCUUUACCUAAGUCCCAAGGCACAGUGCAGUGGGCACAGCAGGAGAAGCAGUAAGCUGGAGGUGAUGUGCCCAGCCCUGCUCUCACUUCCCGCACCUGUACCUUGUUGCUUCUUCCCCUGGCCAGCAGGACAGGCACCACCAGCAUCAGGGAGAGAGGGGUUCCUGGAAGGAAGUGAGUAGAGUGUAGAGCUGGGAGGGCUGUGAGAGGGGAACAGGGAGAACACUUUCAAAGGGCACAGAAUUUCAACCAGAGUUCCCUUCAAAACCUGAAAUCAAAGAGAGGUGGGUCUUUAGCAUUUCUGAUGGAUGAAAGAUCUGAAAUUCCCAAGCAUGUGGCCACAGAAUUUCUAUUUUUUUUUUUUCUGGUGAAUCAAGCAGGUCUUGACUCACAGGAGAGCCUACUGCAGAUGAAACCUCAGCUCUAUUUUUAUUUUUAUUGUUAGGAACCCAUCAUAUGCCCUAAUUCUAUGUCUUAUUUAGUGGGAUUAAACUUGAAAAACUCUAAACUUA